UAGGCUCUGUAAAAGAACCAGUGUUGCCAUUUUAACCCAGACCAACACUGCUGACUUUCCAUUCUUCAGCAGCCACAAUAGCACAGACCAAUACACAAUGGGAAAUGAAACCACAGACUUCACCGACUGGCCACUGACAACAGAAUUUGACUACAGUGAUUCAACGCCUUGCCCUGCAACUGAGGAAAAGCACUUUGCAGCAAUUUUUUUGCCACCACUUUAUUCUUUAGUGGUGAUAUUUGGCCUGACAGGCAACAUGCUCGUUGUCCUUAUCCUGGUAAAAUAUAAGAGGCUGAAGAGUAUGACUGACAUCUACCUGCUCAACUUGGCCAUUUCUGAUCUGCUGUUUGUAUUUUCUCUCCCUUUUUGGGCUUACUAUGCAGUUCACGACUGGAUUUUUGGGGAGGCACUGUGUCGAAUUCUGUCAGGUGUCUACCUCCUUGGCUUCUACAGUGGCAUCUUUUUCAUAAUCCUCUUGACUCUGGACAGGUACCUGGCCAUAGUGCACGCAGUGUUUGCUUUGAAAGCCAGGACAGUUGCCUACGGCAUCCUUGCCAGCAUUGUCACUUGGGUUGUUGCUGUUCUUAUUUCUGUCCCUGGGGUAGUAUUUCACAAAACUCAGAAGGAAAGUUCAGGCUAUACUUGCAGUGCUCAUUAUCCGUCAGAGCAGAGAAAUGCAUGGAAGCAAUUCCUCACCUUAAAAAUGAAUAUCCUGGGACUUCUUAUUCCAAUGUUAAUCAUGAUCUGCAGCUACACACAAAUUAUAAAGACAUUACUGCAAUGUAGGAAUGAGAAGAAACAUAAAGCAGUCAGGCUUAUUUUUAUUAUCAUGAUUAUCUACUUUAUUUUCUGGGCACCAUACAACCUUUGCAUUCUCUUGCGUGAUUUUCAAGGUGCAUUUUCUAUCUCUACUUGUGAAGGGAAUGGUCGACUGCACAAAGCAAUUCAAGUGACAGAAACAAUCUCAAUGGUCCAUUGUUGUAUCAACCCUAUAAUUUAUGCCUUCGCUGGAGAAAAAUUUAGGAAAUAUCUUCGCAGCUUUUUCCAUAAACAGAUCGCAGUCCACAUGUCUAAAUUGUGUCCCGUUUUCUAUGCUGAUACAGCUGAACGAGCAAGCUCCACCUACACACAAUCUACUGGAGAACAAGAAGUUUCUGCUGCAUUAUAAGCUCUGUCUAGUGAAAAUAUAGAAUUGUGAGAUCAACUCUGUGAUGAAUGGCUUCUGAAUCUCUCCUGGAUAUUGUCUUUAAGGCAGCUGCAAAAAAAACCACAAACAAACAACAAACAAAACCCCACGGAAUACAUAUUUACCAAAGUUUGCAUUUGCUCACAGACUUGGGUAUUUGCAAAUGAAUGAAGAAGAGAUUUUUUGAAGUGAACUAUAGGUUAUAAAGUUACACUGGUUCUUCAGAAACAUCUCUUGACUGUACAUUAUACAAGGUACCUCACUCAUUUAAACUCAGUCUUAGUCAUAUUUUUACUAGUCUGGUUGCGUAUCUCUGUAAAUAAUGCUAAAUUACUAAGGUCUGUCAUACAGCAUGGAAUGGAAAAUUUUAUACACUUAGAAUGGACUCUGAUAUUUCAUGGUAUAUUUUCCUUUGUGUAUAGUUGAGUCCUAAUCACUUAGAUUUUUCUCAUAGUAGCUCUAACUUCUAGGGUCUGAUACCUGAGUGACUUUUGAGUUCAAUACUUCUGAAGGCUCUCUUUUACUCAUCUCAUGUUUUAUAUGCUACUCAUGCUAAAAAGAUAAUGUAAUUGAUCUGUCAUUAAAAAGCUAAUGUCCUGUAGCUGUUCAGGAAAUCAGUGUGGUAAUAGUAUUUUAAAACUAAAGUAUUUCAAAUGAAGCUUUAAUCAGGUUAGAUCCAACAUGAAGAGUGAGUCAACAGUGUUCUAGCUUUUUAGUGCAGUGAUUUUGCUUGCUAUUUUUGUAGCCUACAUGAGAGAAAAACUUUAAAAAAAAAUAAUGCAGGCAUAAUGGCUGCCGAACCACAACAGUGUUAGAGGUGUGAAAAUGAUUUCUGAAGUGGAUUGACACAGAUGUUUUUAGAGAUAAGCAUAUGUUAUAAACAUUUAAGUUAACAAAACAUC